ACAGAAGAGUGCAUCAUCAUCAAGUUGAGUUGUAGCGUCCCUCGCGUCAAUUUUGAAAUUUUGAAUAUUAAUUAUCGAAUCCAAACUGAAAAACAAAACAAAAACAAACGAACACCCCGUGUUUGCCUCGCCUCUCCUCUUCAUUCAAAAUAAAAUAAAAUAAAUUUGAAAGAAAAGUUCCGUUUGGAAACCCUAGCUAGCAGCACCAUGGCUACAACACCAGCUGUGUCCGGUCGAGAGUUGACCGAUCCUCCCUCAGACGGAAUCUCCAACAUUCGUUUCUCUAAUCACAGUGAUCAUCUUCUAGUUUCCUCAUGGGACAAGACUGUGCGUUUGUAUGAUGCAAGCGCAAAUGUGCUUAGGGGAGAGUUUCUUCACGGUGGACCCGUCCUUGACUGUUGCUUCCAUGACGACUCUUCCGGAUUCAGUGCAUCUUCCGAUAACACUGUCAGACGACUCGUUUUUGCCACCGGGAAAGAGGAUAUUUUGGGAAAGCAUGAUGCUCCUGUUCGGUGUGUUGAGUACUCCUAUGCCGCAGGGCAAUUGAUCACUGGUAGUUGGGACAAAACCCUAAAAUGUUGGGACCCUAGAGGUGCAAGCGGACAGGAGCGCACUCUUGUUGGGACGUAUCCACAGCCUGAGCGUGUUUACUCUCUAUCUCUUGUUGGACAUCGGCUUGUUGUAGCAACAGCUGGAAGACAUGUUAAUGUUUAUGACUUGAGAAAUAUGUCUCUGCCUGAACAACGAAGGGAAUCUUCAUUGAAAUAUCAAACCAGAUGUGUACGCAGCUACCCAAAUGGAACAGGAUAUGCACUUAGUUCUGUUGAAGGGCGGGUUGCAAUGGAAUUCUUUGACCUCUCUGAAGCUAGCCAGGCAAAGAAAUACGCUUUUAAGUGUCACAGAAAAUCUGAAGCUGGAAGGGAUAUUGUCUAUCCUGUAAAUGCCAUGGCAUUCCACCCCAUAUACGGUACAUUUGCCACAGGAGGUUGCGAUGGUUUUGUUAAUGUAUGGGAUGGAAACAACAAAAAGAGGCUGUAUCAGUAUUCAAAAUAUCCAACUAGCAUUGCUGCACUCUCAUUUAGCAGAGAUGGCCGCCUCCUGGCUGUUGCAUCAAGUUACACAUUCGAGGAGGGACCCAAACCACAAGAACAAGAUGCUAUCUAUGUUCGCAGCGUGAAUGAGAUUGAGGUCAAGCCAAAACCCAAAGCCUUUCCCAAUCCUACAGCUUGAAUCACUGGUUUCUGAUAGUAAUUUUGAAAAAUAGGAAUUUAUUUUAGCAUAUUUCUACUGUGUACCUUGUUCAUAUGUUUCGUGUGAACAUCGUGGUAAACUAAUAUUGUGAAUUUCUAGACACGUGUUGGUUAACAUUUUGGCAUUUAUAUUUUAUUUGUCUGAGUUUUCCUUCAUUGUAAAUAGUUGCAAUGUUGUAAAGACCAAUGUGACUAUUAUUGUUUUGUUAUA